UGUCGAAUAACCACGUUAUUUCGACAGAAAACCAAUGAUGACAUGACCAUAUACGGAAAAUAACGACGUUUUCGCGAUUGCAGUGGGGCCAGCCAAGCUAUGUCAGUGGCUACACAUGUUACACACCAACUCGAGCAUAUAAAACCAUUCCGUCACUUGCAGCAGUACCACACUGGGUACAACUCUUGACAAUGCAGAAGGAUCCGAUAAUACUGGUGCUUCUCCUGCUGAUUUGUCCCUCGUGCUGCAUGAGGGGCACCUCUAAUCUCUGUGAUUCGAAACCUUGUGCUAAUGGUGGCCUAUGCUUCGGUGGGAUUAGUGACUACCAGUGUUGGUGUCAGAAUGGUUUUCAUGGUAUCGGGUGUAAAGACCGGAGGCUAGACAUCCUGAUUAUAGAAGAUGUGUCGCGCUCUAUCGGCAAACCCAACUUUGACGAGAUGAAACGCUUCCAAGAGAGUAUGGUAAACUCUACCAAGAUAAACCCUAAUGAAGUUAACGUUGCAUUGAUAGCGUUUUCUUCAAACGCGAGAGUGGUAUUCAGAUUCAACGAGUACAACAACAACAAGUCGAGUGUCCUGGCAGCUCUCCAGCGGCAGACAUACGAAGAGGGUCCAUCUACGAACAUUGGCGAUGCAAUCAAGCUGGCUACAAGUACAAUUUUCAAUGGCGAUCGCAAAUACGCUGACAACAAUGUCAUCAUGUUUACCGAUGGGUACACCACAAGGGAGGACCGGGAGGCCAUUGCUGCCAGUAUUGGUAAUCUGAAAGCCAAAGCUGAGGUAUUUGUUGUUGCUAUCUCGGAUCCACAUUCCACAAUCAACCUUAUUGCUUCGCGACCUUCCAACAUCUUCCAUAUUCGCUCCCCUAAUGCAGUCAGUGCUAUCCUACGGAGGAUGAAGAGUGGACCGAACAGGUUGGAGUGAAAUAGCUG